AUGUCUGGUUUUAAGUUCAAUCUAAAGGGCAGUAAAGUUUCGAAGCCAGGUGCGGGCAAGGCCAAAUCUCUCUUUGCUGCUAAGAAGGCUACCAAGAAUGCGGAAGCAGGAGAAAAAAAGAAUGUUCUAUCGACCCCAGACGAUGAUGAAGAGCCAAAGACGAUAGUCAUCGACGGGUUUCAUUCACGUUCAGGAGCAAUGACCGGAAACAAAGCCGUCUCUGAAAAGGAAAAAUUAGUCAUCAAGCCACCACAUCUCGCAAAAACAAUACUAAAUAGCUUGCAGUCUAGCGAGGGUCAGUUAGAAACUGCCGGUGCGACGACUGGAAGCUCAGAUAAUGAAGAUGAGCUAGCUAGACUGUCUCUACUUGCGGGAAAGUCUGUCGAUGACACAAGCAAUCUCACUAUUAAAAUGGGUGACAACGACUCCGCAGAAGACAUUGUUGAAGAAGAUUAUGAGAAUGUUCCGGUCGAACAAUUCGGUGCAGCUCUUUUGCGAGGGAUGGGAUGGAAAGAAAAUGACACAAAAUCGAGCAAGGGAGUGGAUGUUCUGCAUCGUCAGAGAGGAGUGACAUUGGGAAUAGGAUCUACGCCAGUAGAGAAAGAGAUUGAGCAAGAAAUUAUGGGGAAAACUAGCGUUAAGCUUACAGUACCAAUGCUUCCAAGAACGAAGCAACAAUAA